AUGUCAAUGAAAAAGCGAAAAGCAUCGACUAAAGUGCGUUCCGAUGCAAAGAAAAGGAAGACAGACAAAUCGGUGCCUGGAGCAGACUCCUCUGCAACAUCUGGGGCAAUCGGGCCAGCUGUUUCUAAUUUUUUGCCAAAUGAUAAGACAACUGAAUGCAAAACAGAUUUAGCUUUUGCUCCUCUUCCAUGGUUUAUGGACACAGCUGCUUCUGUUUCACUGUGCAUUGAUCGUAAUGAGGUGCCACUUAUAUGUGGUCCUGUCGGUUGCGGCAAGUCAUCCAUUGUUGACUAUUUGGCUAAAGUUCGUGGCGCCAAGGCACUUAGAAUGCAAAUCAGUGAACAAACAGACACUAAAGCUCUACUAGGAGCCUAUUGCUGUUCUAAUUCACCCGGUGUUUUCCUCUGGCGUCCUGGAUGUCUGACCCAUUGCAUGACCACUGGCAAGUGGUUAAUUCUUGAAGACGUCGAUAAAGGAUCUGCAGAUUUGCCAAUUCUUUUAAGUCCCCUCCUGCGCGGUAUGAAGGAUAGCUCUUCCCAAGUCAUUCAUCCGAACACUGGAGAACCCAUUCCCUGUCAUCAAGACUUUCGUCUCAUAUUAACUCUACGUACACUUUCCUCCCCAUUGGGUUAUUCUGAUUACAGCUCACAAUUGGACAUAUAUCUAAAUAAUUGCACAGUCAUUUGUAUGAAUGGAAUGCCUGCAGAUAUUAUUGAGCAGGCAAGUAUUAUUCAGAAGUUUAAUCCAGAUCUAGUGCCUUUAUCAAGGCGUCUUCUAUCAGAUUUCUCUUUGCUUAAACACAUUGGUGCCCCUAGUGGAAACAAUCAGCGCUCAGUGUGUUCGCGUGACUUCUUUAAGUUUGUAUCCCGUAUUCGUAACAUUGCUGAUGGAAGUAAAGACAGUGCUCUUGAGUUGUAUCUCAACGCUUUGGAUUGUUUCGUAUGCUCUCAAACUUCGGGCAGUGCUCGAGAUGAAGUCGCCGUUCAUUUAGGUGGACUUUUCAACUUUUCUCGUGAAGAGGCCAUCAAAAUUUGGCAUUCUAGACGUCCUGAGCUCUGUUUAAAUCGGGCCCUAACGAGAGUGGAAGCGGGAAGAGCUGUUAUUCCUAUCACAAAAUCUAUUCACUGGGAGUUGCAAUUAACUAAGUGA